AGAUAGGGCAUGACAUAAUUUUCUCUUAGGUCAUCACAACCUAAAAGUGCAAGACACGGUGCAUGUUUUUUUUUUUGGUGUUUAGAGAGCCAUCACAAGGGCAGAGAUGCGAACUUCUGAAAUCGGGAGGGAAGCACUAACCACUUGAGCUAUCCUUCACUAGCCACUUGAGCCAUCACACGGUGCAUGGUAUGUGAACUUAUAUGACAUGCUUUACCUCCAGCUUGCCAAAAGUACUCCAUAUUCACUAUCUCUUCCAUAAUGAUUUUUUAUUUAUUUUUUAUUUUUUUUGUAAAAUAAUUGCUGAAGAAAGGAUAGCGAGUGUGAGAAUUACAUAGGAAACCCUCCUCAUGAGUGAAAAUCCUUAGGUAACGCAUACAUUAGAGUAGGUUUAUAGUUUUUUUUAUGUGUAUUGAAAAAGUCACCGAUACAAUAAUGUAGACAAGAUUUGAUCUCAUGUUUUGAGUAUCACCUCAAUAAUUUAGUGUUGUCUCAAUUAGAGAAUACAAAGUAUAACAAAUAGUCAAUUUACUUACUAAUUAAUAAUUAUACAUAGAUAUUUUUUUACUUGUUCUUUUUCUUAUUUUAUUUUUUUUUCACACUUUUACCAAACCUAAAUAUCAUAACAGGGGAAAAAAAAAGAAAAAAAAAAAAAGGGACUUUCAUGUAGAAUGCCAAGUUGCCAAGAAACCAAAACCCUUGUUAACCCCAGAGAUGCUCUUCAAUGGAGGAAGAAGCUAACUACUGAGUAAGAGAGAAAUUUAGGGUUUAAUCGAUCACUAUGUUUGUCACCGGAAAUCUUCAAAGACAAUCUCUCAAAACCCUAACUUCUCUUCUCAACAACAACCCCUUUUUUCUAAGAAAUUCAAUUUUUUCUUCAAAUGCUGGAAUUCAGCAAAAUAGUUCAUCAAUCUUCAAUACAUCUUCUUCAAAUUCAUCAAAUUUGUAUUUGGGUUUCAAUGGUUUUCGACGAUCGAUGUCGACGGCGAAAGGGCGGAGUAUGAGGAGCAAAGUAGAGCGAAGAAUGCAGAGAGAAGCUGGUAAAACUCAAAGGCAGAUUCGUCAAGCUAAGAAGAUUAAGCUUAAGCUUAUGACUGAGGAAGAACGCCUCAUUUAUAAUCUUCGAAGGGCUAAGAAGAAAGUUGCAUUGCUUCUGCAAAAGCUCAAGAAGUAUGAGCUGCCUGAGUUGCCUCCACCAAGGCAUGACCCAGAGCUGCUGACAGCUGAGCAGCUCCAGGCUUUCAAGAAGAUUGGCUUUAGAAAUAAAAACUAUUGCGAGGUUGGUGUUCGGGGAGUCUUUGGUGGAGUUGUCCAGAAUAUGCAUCUUCACUGGAAGUUCCACGAGACUGUGCAAGUUUGUUGUGAUAACUUCCCUAAAGAAAGGAUUAAGGAGAUGGCAACAAUUCUUGCAAGGCUAAGUGGUGGUAUUGUGGUUAAUGUACACAAUGUAAAAACUAUUAUUAUGUUUCGUGGUAGGAACUACAGGCAACCCAAAAAUUUGAUACCUGUCAAUACCCUUACGAAGAGGAAGGCUCUCUUCAAGGCAAGAUUUGAGCAAGCACUUGAAUCUCAGAAACUCAAUAUAAAGAAGAUUGAGCAGCAGCUUCGCAAAAAGGGAAUAAGCCCGGAUGAUCCUGUUGCCAUGGCAAGUAUUCAGAGGGUAGCAUCAACAUUCUUUAACGCAAUUGACAAGAAGGAAGGGAGCCCCUAUGUCUUCCGUGAGGCUGAAGAAUCUGUGAAGCAGCCUCUGAAAAGAUCAGAACACUCUGAUCCUUCUGAGGAUAGUGAUCAAGAAGAGCUUGACAAAUUUAUAGCGGAGAUAGAGGAUGCUGUUGACAAGGAAUGGGCUGAGGAGGAGGCUGCAGAACAGGAAGAGUACGGAAAGAUAAGGUACCGGAACAAGGAAGAGUAUGGUGGAAGAUUCAACAAACCAGAGCGCUUUGUAGAUAAUUUCUCCGAUGAUGGAAAUAAAGGUCGAGGUAGAGGUAUGAUGGAUACGCAUCGAAGGCAAAGAAUAGAAGACAGUGAAGAUGAAGAUUCUGCACCUAUUGAAGAAGAUAGCGCAAGCGAAGAUGAAAGGCAGGCUUAUGAUUCUGAUGAUGAUAAACUUAAACGCCGACCAUCCAGAGUUGAAAGAUGGAAUCCAGAAAGGUCAAGAGGAUCACAUGGAAACCAAGGCUUCAAGCAGACCAAUAAUAGAAUUACAGGAAAGAUGUCUGAAGAGGAAUCUGAGCCAGAAAGUAUGUUUGAGGACCUAGAUGAUGUAAUGCGUGAAUCUGAUAGUGAAGGGGGACAUACACCAAGACUACCAAAGACCCCAAGAAAUGAAUACCGUAGUGGCCAUAGCUCAGAUAGGAGAGAGAGGAGCAGUAGGGUAGAUGGUGCAGGUUAUCCUGCAAUUGAUAGUGAUGACUCUGAUGAAGGUGACAAAAAUCCCAGGUUUAGAGAUAGAACCAGAAAUCAGGACAAAAGAGGCAAGGCUGAUAAUAUGGGCAGAAAAUGGGGGAGUGAUGGUUCUGAUAUUGAUGAAGAUUUUAUUGAAUCUGAAAUUGCCAUGUAUGGAUCAGGUGAUAAUGAUGAUGAUGAUGCUCUCGAAUCCAGCGCUCUGAGAGGAGCCGAUGAGGACUACAACAGCUUGGGUGGGCUGCCACAUCAUCAUGCCAAGGUGGAGGAUAACAAAACCCCUAGGAGAAAUCAAGUGUCUCGAAAACAGAAUGAUGAUGAACUUUGGGAUAGUGAUUGAGCCCGGUAAAUGUGAGUCCAUCAGUGAUAGCAUCAACUAUUGCAGUCCUGGAGUAAAACUGCAUUUCAAUUCGAGAAAGGAUACAACUUUCAGGAUGACUCGACUGUCUCGUGCACUGAAGAUGGAAGUACUGCAUGUGAAAUAUCGCAUUGCCUGUAUAGGGCUCUGACAUAAUCAUGAAGUACAAUAUACAGCACCUCUUCCAGAAUCCAUACAUAAUACGGGCUACUGUACUUGGGUAAGUAGAAUUUAUAACUAUGAUAUUCAUACGAGCUCAUGACAUUUCAUUGUGUAUUCUGCUCAUGUUAGGGGUGUUAGUGGUUAGGUAUCUUUUUGAAGGUAAACUCAUGUAUCAGUGAAGUGUAUGUGUGUAGAAAUUCACAAUGUAGCUUGCCUUUAUUUUGUGUUGGUUUGAAGGAAUUUUCCAUGUAGCUUAAUUUAAAGAAAUAAUGAUGUUGCUUUUGCCACAAAUUGUAUUUGUACAUUAUCCUGGAUGCUGUUACUGAACUUGAAAACUUGUUGGGUUUCGAUAACAUUUGUUAAUUCAAUAACAUUUGUUAAGCUCUCUUUUUUGUUUUUCC